AUGGCGCACCUAUAUCCUAGAGAUGAAGUCCUAAAAGGCAACUUUUACAGUCCAACGCCGAAGUAUCACAGCCCGCAGACCAAGGCGACUCCGCUCCAGGCUCGCCCGGAGCUCUACGGAGCUUGGUCUGUGGUGGACAAUGCCAAAGAUAAGGCCGUCAAGCUUAGCAAUGAAGCUACCAAGGAAUUUGAAAAGGCCAGCUCCGCGGCCCAAGCCAAGGCUGGAAAGAUUGAACUAUACUCUGGAAAGUACUAUGCGGCAUGUACGUUUGGAGGACUGAUGGCAUGCGGUCUCACUCAUACCGCUGUAACGCCUCUUGAUUUCGUCAAAACGCGCCGCCAGGUUGACUCGUCGCUUUACAAGAGCAAUUUUGAAGCAUGGGGAAAGAUUUAUCGCGCCCAGGGCAUCCGCGGCAUCUUUACCGGUUGGAGCCCGACCUUCUUCGGUUACUCUAUGCAGGGUGCUUUCAAGUAUGGAUGGUAUGAAUACUUCAAGAAGACAUAUUCCGACCUGGCUGGUGAAGAGGCUGCCCACAAGUACAAGACCAUCUUGUAUCUGUCUGCCUCAGCUUCUGCUGAAUUCUUAGCCGACAUUGCCCUUUGCCCCAUGGAAGCUGUCAAAGUUCGAAUGCAGGGAGGCUCACCAAACCCCUAUACUGGCGCUCUCGAUGGAUUCAACAAGAUUACUGCAAAGGAAGGUUAUGCCGGUCUCUACAAGGGACUUUAUCCCCUGUGGGGCCGACAAAUCCCUUAUACCAUGAUGAAGUUUGCCUCUUUCGAAACCAUUGUUGAGAUGAUCUACGCUCGCUUGCCCGGAGAAAAGAAUGACUAUAGCAAGGCUGCUCAGACUGGUGUCUCCUUCACUGGUGGUUACAUGGCUGGUAUUCUCUGUGCCAUUGUUUCUCACCCCGCAGAUGUCAUGGUCAGCAAGCUCAACUCGGUUCGCGAGCCCGGCGAAGGUUUUGGUUCUGCCGUCGGUCGCAUCUACAAGGAUAUCGGCUUCAAGGGACUCUGGAACGGCUUGCCAAUGAGAAUUGUCAUGAUUGGCACUUUGACUGGUCUCCAGUGGAUGAUUUACGACUAUUUCAAGAUCUUCAUGGGUCUGCCCACCACUGGUGGUCCGGCACCGCCCCCCAAGGAGAAAUAG